GAACCCGGCGCGCCCGCCGAGGCAGGAGAGCGACAAGAAGCGCAUGCCAGUCCACUCGCCGUCUACGCUCUUGGCGGUGGCAGCCGCCGCCAGAACCGGCAGUCUCGUCGCGCAACGCGCCGUGUCAACGAACCCACCGCCGCCGCUCUCGCGCUCGCGUCCCCCGCAACGCACUCUCGUUUGCACGCAAUGCACCCCGCUCGAAACUAGAUAAACGUUUGGAAAACGCGUUAAAAAACACAAACGAAAAAAUUGUGCGGAUGAUAAACAUUUGAUUCAUCGCCGAGAAAUUGUCACGUACCGCGAUUGGAACGCCCUGGACCCACACACACAUCAAGGGAAUUGGAUUCACCCGCUGUUUCAAUGAGCCAUAGUUAAAUCAUAAUGGACCUAAUGUUUUUACACCUCAUCUCUUCGUUGUCGUUUGUUUUUGUGCUAGUCGAUGGAUUCCCAUCGCCACAGAGUGGAGCACACGGCCAGCCACAGGCCGGGCUUCCAGUGCCAACGACACCCUUGCCUGUCGGACUGGCGAUGCCCACAGGCGGCAUGGGUGUGGGUGUAGGCGGCGUGCGCCGUAACUGGGCUGGUUGGCGCGAGUGGCGGCGCGCUGAUCCGACGCUCAUCAAUAGCCUGUGGAGGAGCAAAAUGGGUAACGGCAUACGUAAACAACUAGGUAAUGCCGAAGUGUACAUAAUGCUAGCGCUGCUGAUUGGCCUGGUUACCGUGGUCAUCGGCUGCUGGUUGAGCGACAACUGCUGGUCCCCGGAGCCAGAACACGUCGCAACGGUUGCCUGACGGCAGGCCCGCAACGCGUUACUAAACGCGCCGCCCUCUCUACCUUCGCUCGCCAUAGUCGCCUCCACGUCUACGUCAUCUUCAUCAGAGCCCUCCAGCCCUGAUUCAGAUUGGCCCCUGGUAGACAUCUCAGAGGAGGGUAAAGCCAACGGAGGGGAAGGCGCACUCGGUUCCAAAGAUGGUCACUCCUGACGGCGCGCCUGCGGGCCGGACUCAACCGCGCCCGCUGACGACAAUGAUAAUAAGGAUGCCAGCAUCACGGAUGACAAGAAGAGCCUGCUGCUCUGCAAACAGAAUUCGUUGCCAAAUGGAACCCUACUGCUCCCAGACAUCAACAUCAUCAGCGCCUCACCGUGCCCCAAACACAAAGAUGGGAUACGACCUGGUAUCAUGAAGCAGCUCAGCGAGGACUGCCCCAAACAUAGUCUUGGAGGUGGGUUAGGUGGGGGUUUGCUCAGUAUGUGCCCCAAACACAGCUCAUUCGACGAGUCCUCUGGACACGUCGCUUAUGUUAACGGCUUCGGCAGUAAACUGAGCCUGGGCGGAGGAGGUGGUGGUGACAGGGGCACAUCGCCACCCCCACCACCCCCGCCAAAAAUAGCAUCGCCCAAGGGCGAGAAGGGUAAGGACUACUUGGUCUACGUUGAGCUGGCACGUGACUUUGACGUUCCUUGAAGCUGCUAGACGCCCGGCCCGCUUUCCCGCUGCCCGGACGCGCUUCAUUUUGACACUCCCACCUCUUUCCUGCCGCGCCCCUGCGCUGGCCCUUUGUAAGUAAGAUAUUAUGUGUCAACUAUGCAGUCAAUUACAUGUAGCGAGGCGUUGUGAGUCGUUGGUAUAACUCUGCACACACAAACACCCUGUAUAUAUGCCCGUGCGCGCGAAAUGGCGACUCAUAUCAAUUAACCUUUUAUGCCUUCUGUCUUUUACCGGCCGCCGGCGUCGCGGCGCCGGCCUCUUUUGGACGCGUUUAACAUUUGCUGUGCCUCUUUCCUCUCCUCCGUCUUGACACUAUGUACUUCUAUACAGAUUCAUAACCACCAAAUACACGGAAUGUAGCGAUGCGACGAUGAUGAAACAAACUUUCGAACGUUUUACCUUUACUACCCUGUAGUAUCUUGACGAAAAACUUGCGUAGACUUGCUUUCACUUUGUGCACGGCGCUCACGGCGUCGCUCUUUGAGGAAAUUUGUAAAGAACAAGACUGAAAUGUACCCUGUAAACUAAAGAAAUGAAUAAUACAAGUAUUAAACAAAAACCAACUAAAUGAACGUAUAACAUAUAAACUAAUAAAGGAAUAUUCUAAAUAUUAUCGGAGGACGACGUUCCUAAAACGCGAAACGACGUCUUAAAACCGCUCAGUUAACUUGCUCGAUUGAUUGGUGAACAGAUUGAUUUCGACGGCCUAAUUAAAUAUAUGAUUAAACUAUUUUUAAACGCAUGUAUUUAUUACGAGUAAAUUAAAUUAAAUUAAACACGGAAAUAUAAUGCGCAUGCGUUGACAUUAUCCUUUCUAAUCGGUCUCAACAUAUAUUGAAGAGAAACGCGUGUCUAUAGUUCUGCACCUUCUACUGCAUACUUAGCUCAUCUUAGUCUAGCAAUUAGCCGAUUUCGAACGUGUCGCAAGUGUAAAUAAUGUUACCCCUCGAAAUCCGCGCCGCUCGCGCCUCCACCAUUGUACGUAGAACAUGUAAAAUACUUGCUAAAUGUAGACGAAUUUGUUAAGGUUGGCGUGUUUGUGUAUUUGCUGCUUGGUUGCGUUUUUUGCCAUGAUGAUGAUGAAGAUGCCGAAAUCUCUCACUCACAUUGAAACGAUGAACAAUUGCUCAACUACAUAAAACCCAUUCGUAAAGCCCGCGCGCUGAAUACGUGCACUCACACGCAACACGAACGUAAAAAUAAACGCGAAAACCGACGCGCUAAAUAUAGUCAUUUGUUCGAGAGAUUGCGAUAUUUAUCCUAAUUACUCUAUGAAGUUCGUUCAUCAUAACUUAUUGAAGAAAUGAUGAGUUUUUCACGGUUUUAAGAUGCAAAAAGUUGUAAUUUAAACACGGAAGUACUUUAGUCACGGGCUUUAGUCACGUGGUGACCCUUGGAGAAUUAAAAAAAAGUGGAAGUAAUACGUGGCUAAACAUUGUUAAACACUCGAUUGAUUAACCUCCUCGUGACUAGAACUCCCCUUUAGCCACUUGAUGAAUUUUCACUGAGCGAACUUCAUAACCCACCUAAACGUCUGAAUGAAUGUCCCCCAACGCAAAACCAACUCAAUACGAAGUGAAAAGAAGCAGUAAUAACAAUGAACAAUCACUACAUGUAUGGAUAAAGUCAUACUUAUCACUUACGUGCGGCUACGAAUUGUACUACCUAAGCUGUCAAAAAAAAACUUAAUUGAUUAUCCACAUUAUUACUACAUAUGAAUAUGAAUAAUAUACUACUAAUUAAUAACUAAUAUAUGCAAAUAGUGGGAACAAUGUUUAUCAAUUAACGUAAAAUCACCUAUUCGAUUGUCAUACCACUUCUGGGCAGAAUGUCGUCAUUUGUACUGUAUUGUAUUGUAUCGGCCGGAGAGUACUGUAAACUUUCAGCGCCACAUUUGAACGUACUCGUAACAUAUAGAGAAAUAUCCACACACACAUACACACAACACAACACAACACAACGAGCAGCGGCAAUGGAAAUUCGCGGACUGGAGUACAUAUUUAAUAAACAGCUAGCGUUUACAUAAUAAAUAAAUGACAAAGCCAGAUGCAAGGUGUAUUCAAUUGCCGAAUACAUUUGUCAAGCAUGUAUUUAAUGUUGACAUCGAAUAUACAACCAUAUACAUAAUGUAAUAUUGUAUUAGUUAGUAACUAAUUAUACAUAUUGAAGAUUUUUAUGAUAUGCUCAUUGAUGUAAGACAUUAUUCAAGCAGUAUUGUUUUAUUAUAUUGAAAUCAUUAAACUGGUAAAUAAAAACUAACACUACAAAGUUUAAUCCUUAA